GUUUGGAGAGCGUGUUGAGUUUAAUCAAUUCAGAACGUCGAGAUGGAGCCUAACUCACUAAAGUGGGUAGGCUCGUCUUGCGGUUUACACGGACCAUACAUAUUCUACAAGGCUUUUAAAUUUCACCGGGACGGUAAACCAAGGAUUCUGUCCCUCGGAGACUUUUUCUUCGUAAGAUGUAAACCCGGGGAUUCAAUUUGCAUAGCGGAGCUACAGCUGUUGUGGGAGGAAAGAACUACUAAGCAACUUUUAUCAAGCUCAAAACUUUAUUUCUUACCCGAAGAUACUCCCAUGGGAAGGACAGUUAGCCAUGGAGAGCACGAGGUCAUUGCUGUGUCAGAGAAGGUGAUUGUUCGGUUGGAAGACCUGGUGAAGUGGACAGUCCCAGAGCUUUCGGGAUGGUCCCACGGACUGCGGGCAGCGCCUCUGAAGCCCUCUGUCCUGAGGGAGCUGGGCGCCAACGGGCGCAGAGAGGCCCUCCACAGAUACAGGGAGAGCACCUUCACCAGUGGCCUCAACUUCAGAGACAUCCAGAGGGAGAGGGCUCAAUUGGGUCAGGAAGAUGACGGCAGGAAGGUUCUGGUGCUGAGCUAUCCCCAGUACUGCCGUUACCGCUCGGUCCUGGCCCGGCUCAGAGAGCAGCCGUCGGCCCUGCUGACGGACCACACCGUGCUGGCUCUGGGCGGCAUCGCCUCCCUACACAGCACAACACGCAUCCUCUACUGCAGGGACACCUUCGAACACCCCACCCUGCUGCAGAACGAGAGUGUCUGCGACGAGUUCGCCCCUAACCUGAAGGGUCGGCCACGGAAGAAGAAGAUGUCAGUGUCCCAGCGAAGGGACUCCCAGGGCCACAGUCAGGGGCCUCAGGGACCCCAAGAACCCAGCACCCCAGAGAACAAGUCUCCCACCAAGGUACAACCUAACUGCAAGGUAACGGCUCCUACCAGCAAGGGCACAACCGCCAAACCCAGGAUCUGUAAAAAGGCAUCUGUGGAGGAGAAGGUAGAGAGGGAGGAGAAGGUGGAGAGGAAGGAGAAGCAGGAGAAGGUGGAGAGGGAGAAGUUGGAGGAGAAGGUAGAGAGGGAGGGGAAGGUGAAGAGGGAGGAGGAGAAAGAAGAACCAGAAGAGAACCAAUCAGAAGAGAGUGGUGCAGACGAGCAGGCCUUCCUAGUAGCCCUAUACAAGUACAUGAAAGAGAGGGACACACCUAUCGAGAGGAUCCCCUUCCUGGGGUUUAAGCAGAUAAACCUUUGGACUAUGUUUCAAGCUGCUCAGAAACUCGGAGGAUAUGAGUUGAUUACAGUUCGCAGACAGUGGAAAAAUGUAUAUGAUGAGUUGGGUGGUAACCCAGGAAGCACAAGUGCCGCCACAUGCACACGAAGGCACUACGAGAGGCUCCUCCUACCUUACGAGAGGCACACCAAAGGAGAGGAAGACAAACCCCUCCCCUCAGCAAAACCCCCAAAACAGGAGCAUGGGGCCCAAGAGGGGGGUGCCAAACACAAAGGGGUCACAGCGAAACGACCUAAAGGUGGACUACACCAAAGGCAGGGGGCCAGGAAGAAGAGAGAGAGAGGGGACACUGCAAAAAGACAGGAGCUCUCACAGGUAUCUGAGAAGAAAGGGGACAACCAGGUGCCUGCAGCCAUGAAGCAGGAUCCUCUGCCCAGAGAGGAGCCUGAAGAGGAGGAGUUACAACUCACCCUGAAGAAAGAGGAGACAUUGAGCGAGAAGGAACCAUCGCGCCUGAAUGCCCCCAACACAGACUGCCACAGAGCCACACCUGUCCUCCACAGUGAACUGUGUCCACAGUCCGAGUGGAGACAUCCCAACCAGCCACAGUCAGACAAACUCAACGCUGAGCAAAGGGACCAAGCUGAUGGAACCCUGUCUAAGACCCCAUAUCCAUACCACUGGGACAACAACAACAGUAAGCCUGGGUAUAGCAGUCUACCUGACCCAAGCACACCUGUCAUUCCGGUAGCUAAAGACACAGACAGUCACGGUUAUGGACAUGGUGGGAGGGUGGGGAAGGUGCUGCCCAUGUGUAAGCAGAGCCCACCCCCACUGCAGCAGUACUCCACAGAGCCAAUCACAGACAAACAGGACUCCCCCAGUAAAAACAAAGAGAUAAAUCAGUGUCACAUGCCCAUGCCAACAGCGUAUUCUAAGGACAACCUGGGGGUCAUGUCCCCACUAGCCAAGAAGAAGCUCCUCUCCCAAGUCUGUGAGACAAAUAAUUACUCGUUCAGUUCCCCUCCUCUUCCUCCUCCCACUCCGUCAGCCAGCGUGGGUGAUGUGAGCGACAGUUGUGUUGAAGAGGUGGUGAAACUGAGGCAGGACUCCCUGCAGGAUAGCCCAGAGAUGGCACCCAUCUUCAGGCCGUCUGUCAUCCAGCACGCCCAGAGCGUCAAACCCCAGCAAGAGAGGAGUCCUCUGGGGGAUUUGUCUGAGCCCUUCACUUGCAGAGUGAGCCACUUCCAGCCCCAGCUCCACCCCCCCUGGCACCCCUACCUCCACAGGACUGAGACCCAGGAUGGAGAGGAGAACGCAGGGGAGACACGGAUGCAGCAGCCUAGUCAGGCACCACCAGGCUACGCAGGUGACUGCUACUCCUCCCCUCACUUGCACAACCUCUACCGGCAGACAGAGAACUGUCUGAGUCAAGAGCGAAUGGACAGUUAUCCCAACAGAGACAAACAGGAACAUUUUAUCAGGGAACGUCAGAGCAGCGAGGUAUUCACCUCAAACAAUUCUGACAGAGAAUGUUUGGCUUACAGAGCUCCCCACUUCUCUGAGAGGACACAAACACAUGGGGAUAGACCAAUGGAUGAGGAACCUCAAGAUUUCAGUAUUUCCAAGCCUGUCUCUCAAAGGAUGUCUUUCACAAAGCCCUCUUUCUGUGGCCUCCCGUAUCCCAUGAUGCACCAGAGUUUAGACUGUCACCCCAAAGCAUGCAGAGUCCCCCCCAUGACUAUAUCUACGACCAAACACCUGGACCCCCUUCAGCCCUUCUUCAACCCUAAAAGCCAUGCUGAGACUGUCGGUGCCUCCAGACCCAGUAAGAGAACCCUGGGGGAACUAGAGAACGAGGGGGUGCCAGACCGCAAGGUGCGAGUGGUGACCCCAAUGCACCCCGCCGGCUCUGUCCGCCGAGGCGACCCACAGGGGGAGGAGCUCAAACCAGCCGAACCGGCGCACGCCGUCCACUUCCACCUCCACAGCCACAUUCCCGAGGGCCACACCUACCCUCCCCAGGUGCCCUUCUACCCAGGGAUGUACCCCGGGGUGCAGGACGCCCUCCAUCACAACCUCCAGUACCUGAAGAGCCAGACAGCCGUGUCCCCCCUGGUCCCUCCGCUAGCCUUCCACUCCAUGAUGCUACAGAGGCAGCUGAUGGCCUCCCAGCCCAGCCCCCACCACUUCUACAGGCACCCUGGGGGGGCAGCCCUGUACGGGGACCUCCUGCACCACCUGUACCCCCUGUCCACCCUCACCCACCCACAGCUGUCCUCCAUGCACCCUAGCACCAGACUCUAACAGACGGACCCACAUGGAGCUUAACUGUCUCUCCCUGGGACAGUGGAUCUAGUAUUCUAUUCUUCAGUAAGCAUGACAACACUGAUUAACUGUAGAUGGUGGAUUAACUCUUUAGUCAGGCACACAGUUCCAUUUUUGUGUAUUUUUUGUUUUUUUGCACUGUAUCACCACUUAGUUACUUUGGAUAAAUUUGCACUCUAUGUAGUGUUUGUGUUCACCAACCAGGUUGUUUCUCUCACUCAACAGUCAGGUUCUUAUUAUCUUUGAGUGUGAAGGGAGACAGAGAAAAGCCAUUGGCAUGCAUGUCGGGGGGAUAAUCAUAUUUGCUGGGUCUCCAAAGGAUUGGAUUCCAAAUCACUGCAAUGCAACAACUUCAUCCUCCAAAUGUGUUCUGGGGAUUUUAUCAGGUUGAAACACUUAAAAACAUGAGGGGACUAUCUAAAAUAAACUAUUUUCGCAAGAUUUACCAUCGGAAAAGUUAAUGCAACUGUUAAGCAUUCGGCUACUCCACCUUCAAUCAAUGUUCUGGAUCUGUUUACAGCUCUCUAGCGUGGUGCUGUGGCCUGUUUGUGUUCAUGUAUUAGACCACUACACGUCUUAGAAAUGACUGUGUUAAACCAAGGUGCUGUACAAAACCACAAGUUCCUGGGGUAUUGCAUGUAGAUAACAGCUCAUUUUCAUCAGAACACCCAAGCUGUGAAGAUACCACAUUUGACGUUUUUCAUCCGUUUUUUUAAGGCAAGUCAGAUCGUUUGUCAGGAACAUUCUCUCAAAAUGUUUUGUUGACCCUUGAGAGGUGGGAAAGUGACCCAGAUACAUUAAUAUAUUGAACAGAAAGUAUUUGUACUGCGCUUAACAUGAGUCACUGAUGCUGCCUACUGUGACAUCUGACAGCUCAGAUCUUGACAUAGCUCUGAAACAUCACUGGUCUAAGGCUGUUUACUGCGCCUCCUUCAUUCAACAGCAUAAUGCAUGAUAAAUACGAAUGUGUCUUUUAGAUGAUUGCUUUGUGAAUAUCUGUGCCUUUCUUAAUCUUCGAUUAGGGGUUGCAGCACUACAGUUUUCUAUCAUGACUGACUUUCAGGAGACUGUUGUAGGCUUGGCCUACAGUAUGUGCAGCCCAACGGAGUUGGAUGUGACCUGGACGCGCCAGCCUCAGUUGAAGACCAUUGUCCAGCCCAAGAACUGCAUGUACAUUCAUUUUUGUUUUUAAGCAUAUUUGAGGUUAUCUGUAUAAUGGAAAGCGCUAUAUAAAAGAAAUAUAUUAUUAUUACGGUUAUAAGGUUCCAUUCUAUCAUCACAUUGCAGUGCAAACUCAUUGGACUGUAAUUGUAUAGUACCAUAGUUACUGUUUAGCACAGGGAUAGUUAAGCGCUGGUGUAGAGAAUGGCUACUAGGAUAGAUUUAUGUGCCACUGCCAGACACAGUGAUCAAAAGGCAGCUUGUAGCACCCGAGGAAUAAUAGCACCUGGUCUGUUUUAACAACCAUCAUAACUGCUUUUAAUGGGUAUUUGGGACAUGUGAAAUAUAGGUAACACAUUUGCUGUUUAAAUUAGUUGUAAAGCCAAUCCACAGAGAUUUAACAGACAAUUAAAGGAAAACUCCACCCAAAAACUAUAUUUUGGUAUUUGUUUCAUUAGUCCAAUGUUUUGCAUGUCAGCAAGUU